GAUUAGAUUGCGUUCAUUUGCGAGUAGACCUCGGUCAUGGACGGAGUACAACCGUGAAAAUGCGCCUUAGCUCUGCUUGGCUGGCACUCGGCAUGUGCCUGUUUUUGCACCCAAAUGUGAACUUCAACCUGGCGGAGAGUGCCAGAAUCCUUGGAGUAUUUCCAUACCACUACAACUCCGCAUAUCUGGUGGUGAGGCCGUGGAUCGAGGCACUAGUGGAACGAGGGCACAAUGUUACCUUGAUCACACCAGAUGGUAUGCUACCCGAUUUGAAGGGAGUUCGACAUAUUCGCGUUUACAAGCUGAUGGAGCGCAUUCGAGAAUUUAUUGAGAAUGAUCAAGUUCUGGACUUCUUGAUCAACAAAUGGAAGGAGGCCAAUUUGGCUGCUACAAUGUUUUUCAAUAUAACCCAAGAUAUUCUAAGUGACAGUGGCGUUCAAAAGAUGCUCAACGACAAAAGUGAGCGCUUCGAUCUAAUCAUAAUGGAGGCGAGCAACCUGGAUGCACUGUACGGCCUGGUGGAGUACUACAAUGCCACUCUAAUUGGCUUAACAAGUACAAGCAUCAACUGGUUCAUUGAAGAGCUGGCGGGAAAUCCAGCGCCAAGCCUUAAUGAACCGAUUUCACAAAUAGGUUACUCCAGGGAUUACUCGAUCGUGAGUAGAAUUAAAAACUGGAUUCACAUCAACGAGGAAAAGUUGAUGGAGAAUCUAAUAAUUUUACCUGCUCAACUGCGGGUCUUUAAAAAGUUCUUCGGGUAUUCGGCAGAAAAGUUCUAUGAAUUGCGUGGCAGGUAUUCGCUGAUCCUCGUCAACAAUCAUUUCAGUUUGGGCAGAGUGCGAUCCAAUGUUCCCAAUCUCAUCGAGGUGGGUGGAAUUCAUUUGAGCCAACGCCCAGAACCGUGCGAUGAGAGCUUGCAGAAGUUUAUGGACGAAGCAGAGCACGGUGUUAUCUAUUUUUCGAUGGGUCUGGACAUAAUGGUAAAAUACCUUCCGGAAACCCUACAGGAAACACUGCUUAUGUCCUUUUCUAAGUUAAAGCAGCGGGUUAUUUGGAAGAACGAGCUCUUUAACAUGCCCAACAAAACUGAGAAUAUAUAUGCUAUUGACAAAGCACCCCAACGUCAAAUUCUUGUCCAUUCUAAAGUGCGCCUCUUCAUUACAAAUGGAGGACUCCUGAGUGUAAUAGAGGCGGUGGACAGUGGGGUUCCGAUGCUCGGACUACCGGUGUUCUUUGACCAAUUUAGCAAUUUGCGUUGGAGGCAGCUGGCGGGCAUGGCCGAGGUCCUGGACAUAAACAAUCUAAAUGCAGAUACACUUACUAAAACAAUUGUAGAACUGAUUGAAAAUCCUAAAUACGCCAUGAGGGCCAAUAAAAUAUCGAAGACUUUUAAGGACCGACCCAUGAGCCCAUUGGAUACGGCUGUCUGGUGGACGGAGUACGCUUUACGGAAUCGGAAUAUAUCCCUCAUUCGCCUCAAUGUCGAUGAGAUCCCACUAAUACAUUACUACAGGAUAGACACCAUAGUAACUUCCUUUCUUCGAUUUGGAUUGAUUGCUGUGUCAGUGAUCUUUUUCGUUUCAGUUUGCUUAAAGAAAUACGUUUCAAACGGCUUAGGCUAUCAAGUAAAAAUGCACCUCGAGUUUUCUUGGCUGCCUGUCGUGCUCUGCCUGUUCCUGCAACAGGAUCUGUACCAGGACUCGGUGCAGGCUGCCAACAUCCUAGGCAUAUUUUCCUACCACUUCCGGUCACAUAAUCUGGUUUUGCGUCCAUUCGCAAGGGCUCUAGUUAAACGGGGACACAAUGUCACGUUGAUCACACCAGUUGGAAUGCCGUCCGAUAUCGAAGGAGUUCGACAUAUACACGUUCCCAAGCUAAAUAAACGUUUCCAGGAAAUGAUCGAGGGUGACCAAGUCUUGGACUUCUUUGGCAGCAAAUGGAUAGCAAGCCUGUUGACUGUGUCAAUGCUCUACAAUAUGUCCUCGGAUAUACUGAGCGACAAAGGUGUUCAAAAGAUGUUACAAGACAGAAAUGAACAUUUUGACCUAGUUAUGCUAGAACCGUCUGCCCUAGAAGCGCUUUAUGGUGUCGUGGAGCACUAUAAUGCAACACUGAUGGGUUUUUCCGGUAGUAAUAUCAACUGGAACACCGAAGAAGUCGCUGGAAACUUUGCACCAAGCAUCAACGAUCCGAUCUCAUCGCUGGGAUAUUCCAGAGGCAAUUCUAUCCUCAGCAAAAUGUACAACUGGGUCCAUAUCACAGAGGAAAAGCUGCUGAAGCACCUCAUUAUUCGACCAUCUCAACUGCGCAUCUUUAAGCGGUUUUUUGGCUAUUCGGAGCAGAAAUUUUACAAAAUGCUGGACAAGUACUCAGUGAUUUUGGUCAACAAUCACUUCAGUAUGGGCAGGGUACGAUCUAACGUACCGAACAUCAUAGAAGUCGGAGGACUGCAUCUCACCGAGCCAGCUGAACCGUGCGAUUCGAAGCUGCAGAGAUUUAUGGACGACGCGGAGCACGGUGUUAUAUACUUCUCAAUGGGACAGGAGAUAAUGGUGCAGUUUUUGCCUGAAGAAAUGCAGCAAAACCUUAUGAAAUCAGUAGUCCAAUUCAAGCAGAGGGUCGUUUGGACAACCGAACUUUAUAAUACGCCAAACAAAUCGGACAACGUAUAUGUGACUGAACAACCCCCGCAGCGAGCGGUUCUGGCCCAUCCCAAUACUCGGCUUUUCAUCACAAACGGGGGUCUGCUAAGUGUAAUGGAGGCUGUUAACAGUGGAGUACCGAUCUUGGGAUUGCCAGUGUUCUUCGACCAGUUUAUUAAUCUGCGAAAUGUUAAUCUGCGUGGCAUGGCCGAGGUCUUGGACGCCAAUGAGAUGAGUUUAGAAAUUCUGACCUCCACUAUUCGGGAGUUGCUGGAGAACCCAAAAUAUGCUCUGAAUGCCAAGAAAAUGUCACAAUCCUUCAGGGACCGACCCAUGAGUCCUUUGGACACAGCAGUUUGGUGGACGGAAUACGCCCUGCGGAAUGGUGACGCCUCGCAUAUGCGCCUUAAGACGGAGGAUGUUCCUCUUUACUACGAAUGGGAUUGGGUGCUCCUGUUAGGUCUCCGCUUUGGUAUUGUCUUUGGAUCUGUGAUCUACGUGGUCUACAAGUUAUUUCAAAAAUUUGGUACAAGGCGAAGGUCACUUCAAGAGAUAGGAACUGUUUCUCAACAUCUUAGCCUGCUUGAUCGAAGACCGCAAACACAAUAGGUUAUGUGUAUUGUGUUUACAUGUAUUGUUAUCUGUUAUUGCUGCAUAAGCUCUGUUAACUAGCUACCUGUUAAUAUAUAAGAUGAUCUCAAAAGUGUGCUUGUAAAAUUACUAGUUAAUGUCGGCUUUAUAGCAUAAGUUCAGUUGUCUCAUUAAAAUGUUGUGCGCAAGUUUGAAUUAUAUCCACCAUUCCGUUAACCGAUUUGUUUUUUU